CAUGUGAUCAACACAGUCUUUUGACUCCAGGUCCUUUCCUUUUAUGGGAACUAGCUACUAGCUAGACAUGGCGUCGCCCUUUAGUGGAGUGUUGCAGCUGACUGACCUGGAUGAUUUUAUAGGACCUUCUCAGGAUUGCAUCAAACCUGUUAAGGUCGAGAAGAAAUUGGGGAAAGCAGCAGCUAAGAUACGAAUUGAAGAUGAUGGGAGCUACUUUCAGAUAAGUCAGGAAGGUGCCUCUCAGAAACUGGAAAAAGCUAAGAUCACCCUGAAUGACUGCCUGGCCUGCAGCGGGUGCGUCACCUCGGCAGAAAGCAUUCUUAUCACACAGCAGAGUCAUGAAGAGCUAUACAAGAUACUAAGCCAAAACAAAGUAGAUCCUCCAUCUCAGCAGAAGCAGGUCAUUGUCUCAGUGUCCCCACAGUCACGAGCGUCACUGGCUGCACGAUUUAACCUAAGCAUUCAGGAUACCGCACAUAGGUUAACAACGUUCUUCAAGCAGUUGGGAGUCCAUAACGUUUUUGACACAACAUUCUCAAGAAACUUCAGUCUGUUGGAGGGCCAGCGCGAGUUCAUACAGCGCUUCAAAAAACAGAAGGAGGAUAAAAAAGCUCUUCCUAUGCUGGCUUCUGCCUGCCCAGGGUGGGUCUGUUACGCAGAGAAAACCCACGGAAGUUUUAUCAUUCCGUACAUCAGCAGCAUUAAGUCCCCACAGCAGGUGAUGGGAUCCCUGGUCAAAAGCCACUUUGCACAGGAGAAGAAUUUAAAGCCCAACCAGAUCUACCAUGUCACUGUCAUGCCUUGCUAUGACAAGAAGCUGGAAGCCUCAAGGCCGGACUUUUUCAACCAGGAAUACGAGACCAGGGAUGUGGAUUGUGUGAUUACAACUGGGGAAGUGUUGCGAAUGCUGGAAUUAGAGGGCCUCUCUUUGUCUGAUGUGGACCCCACUCCUCUUGACUCGCUAUUCAGCAGUGUGGUGGAAGAGGAGCCGGUCGGUCAUGAGGGAGGAGGAUCCGGGGGAUACCUGGAGCACAUUUUCAAACAUGCUGCACAAGAGCUCUUUGGUGUCCAUGUGGACAAAAUAACAUACAAGCCUUUAAAGAACAAAGACUUCCAAGAGGUGACCCUGGAAAAGGACGGCAAUAUUUUGUUGCAGUUCGCAUUAGCAUACGGCUUUCGGAAUAUUCAGAACCUGGUACAGAAGCUUAAACGAGGACGCUGUCCGUAUCACUACGUGGAGGUUAUGGCCUGUCCUUCAGGUUGUUUAAAUGGCGGAGGCCAAAUAAAAGCAGAUGGAGAGUCUGGGAAGGAUUUACUUCAGCGAGUGGAGCAGCUGUACAACACAGUGAAGACAGAGCCCUUGGAGGGGAACAUGCGAGUCACACAGCUGUAUGAGCAGUGGUUGGGAGGCAGCGAUUCUACGAAAGCAAAGCAGUCUCUGCACACACAGUACCAUGCGGUGGAGAAAAUAAAUAGCAAUCUGAACAUUAAGUGGUAAAUUAAUGCAGAAUACAUCAACUAUGGUUCUUAAAAGAUUCCAACAUAGACAAUUAACAGCAGCUUCCACUGAGUGAUAGUGUAGUUGAAGACAGAGACUCUGCCAAGUCUCCAGUAGUUCACAAUAUUAAGGAAAUGUCCACAUCACUGUGUUUAUAAAUCUUCUCUUUUAUUUAAGUACAGACAUCAAAAAUGACGUUUCGGGUUUUUAACCCUUAUUCAUGCAUGAAUAAGGGUUAAAUGCCCAAAAUGUCGCUUUGAUGUCUGUACUUUAAUAAAGGAGAAAAUUUAUAACACAGAUAUGUGGACAUUUUCUUCAUAUGGUUCUUAAAAGAACAUUAAACACCUCUAGCUUUUGUGUAAAAAUUGUGUUUGUCCCACGUUCCCUAGAAAUGCCAAAAAGCAAAUUCUGGAACCUGCUUUUGCUGCAGAGCCAUAGCUGGUGUAAACAAUUUUCAACACUUUGAAAACCUAGGUUACAGAUUGUGCUUUUGGCCUCUAGGGAGCGUAGGACAAAAGCAUAAACUUUACACCAACACAAGAGAUGUUUAAUGUUGCAUUUAAGUACCAACAAAAGGCUGGAUUUUAAGAACUGGACUUAUUGGAGGCUCACUCGUGAUUUACUUGAAUUUGGGUAGGGAAAUGAUUUGGUUCUGGACUGUUACAUGUGCUUGAGGACUGGAGGUGAGAAACAAUACAAAGCAAACUAAAUGCAAUACAACCCUCUCUUGGGAAUUACGUUAAAAUUACACCAUCGUUAUAAAACUAUGAUUGCCGACAUUACUAUGUUUGAAAAUAUUAAUCUAUAUGUUGUCCUGUUUUGUACAUUUAUUUCUACAAGGAUUACAUUUAGAAAAUCUUGAUAUACAGAAUAGUGCCUUUUUAAAUGUUAUUCAUCAAAUUGUAUAAAAAUUUACUCCAGUGUUCUCCCCAGACUUAUUUAAUGGGCACACUACCCGGCUGAUUUUACUAACCACCUGGCUAUAGAUGAAGCUAAAAUGAAUUAAUAUUAAUUAUUUUCAAUGUUUGUUGCAUAAUUUAUCAUUAAAUAUAAUUCAUGUAAAAUUAUACAAUUUCUGACAUUAAUAGUUUAAUUAAUAAUAUAUAUAUAUAUAUAUAUAUUUAUUUAUAUAUCAGAAAAUGUAAUAAUAUUGCAAAGUGUUGCCCUCACCCAGCUUUAUAAUGCCACCCGGCUGGCAAUAUCUUCUGUGGAGAACA